GGAACUUCUCACUAGCUCUUACCACCACCAUGCCCGCAGCAACCACAGAACAGCUUGGGACUCUUCAGAACUUGACAGCCGUUGUUCAUCCACUCGUACUUCUCUCUGUCGCGGAUCAUCAUGCUCGCUCCGUCUCCCGUACUUCUACUAAGCGUGUCAUUGGAGCUCUACUGGGUCAGGACAAUGGUAAAACGAUCAACGUGGCCAAUUCGUUUGGCAUACCAUUUGAAGAAGACGACAAGGAUAGCAAAAGCUGGUUCUUGGAUCACAAUUACUUGCAGGAAAUGUAUGAUAUGUUUCGGAAGGUCAACGCUAAGGAACGGCUUAUUGGUUGGUAUCACACGGGGCCCAAACUUCGAGCCUCGGAUCAGGAGAUCAACGACCUUUUCAAACGCUUUGUCGCGCGACCAUUGAUGGUGAUAAUCGACGUCCGUCCUUACACAGUCGGCAUACCUACCGACGCAUACUUUGCCAUAGAUGAGAUCAAAGAGGACGGCACAGAAACCCUCAAGACUUUCGUGCAUGUCCCUUCUGCGAUUGAAGGUGAAGAAGCGGAAGAGAUUGGCGUCGAACAUCUUCUACGGGACAUCAAAGACAGCACGACGACGACGCUUGCUACCCGGGUCGCAGAACAGCUAGCAUCGCUGCGUGGACUGCAAUCCAGAUUAUCUGAUGUUCAGAAAUAUCUCGUUGAUGUCGCUGCCGGCGACAUGCCCGUCAACCACAAGAUCGUGUACCACCUUCAGGACACUUUCAAUCUGCUGCCAGAUCUCAGUGAUCGGAUACUGCAAGAAAGUUUUGCGUCCAGCACGAAUGAUACGCUUCUCGUUGUUUACUUGAGUAGUCUGUUGCGCGCCGUCAUUGCGUUACACGCGCUGGUCGACAACAAAGCCAUUGUCGGUCGAGCAGAGUUGGAGGAGAAUUCUGUCGACGAGAGAGGGAAAGAGGAGAAAGAAAAGGAUCCUGUCAAGAAGAGCGAAAAGGACGCCAAGGAGGAAAAGUCACCAUAACGCGAAACAUGUAUGUACCUACCUACUCACAUAUGAAGGAUUUGCAUAUAAAUACUACAUACUCCGCUCUGGUCCGACACAUCACCUCUUAAUGAUCAGCGUCACGGGGCUGUCACUGUUUUUCCUGAGUGUCUUCCACUUUCCAUGCUCAGGCUACUUGCCCGGUGUAUACGGACCUCUGUGGUCUCUUCAAACAGGCCCCAAAUAUGGCGACAUGCAUCCACGGCCACAGCUUCUAAAUUAUCACUGGAAGAACCCGUCGUUCCCGCGCACAGACUCACGCAGCAGGAUAUGAAGCGUCUCAGCUUCCAGCGCAAUAUUGGAGUCUCUGCACAUAUAGAUUCUGGAAAGACGACCUUGACGGAGCGGAUAUUGUUCUACACCGGUCGUAUACGAGAGAUCCACGAGGUCCGAGGUCGAGAUUCUGUUGGAGCAAAGAUGGACAGCAUGGACUUGGAACGUGAAAAGGGAAUAACUAUUCAGAGUGCGGCUACCUUCUGUGACUGGGAAACAACCAACCAAGACGGCACGAAAUCCAAGUACGCCAUCAACAUCAUUGACACCCCCGGUCAUGUCGACUUUACCAUAGAAGUCGAGCGCGCUCUUCGUGUGUUAGAUGGUGCUGUAUUGGUGCUUUGUGCGGUUGCCGGAGUUCAGAGUCAAACGACAACAGUGGACCGUCAGAUGAGACGAUACGGCGUUCCUCGUAUUUCCUUUGUGAAUAAGAUGGACAGGCGAGUGCAGUGGCUCAUACUCACAUACCUUCUGAUGAUUAUCCCCAGGCCUGGUGCCAACCCGUGGCGCAUUGUGAACCAAAUUCGGACUAAGCUCAGGAUACCCGCUGCUGCUGUUCAAGUUCCCAUUGGCGUCGAGGAUGGCUUCAAGGGUGUCGUGGAUCUGGUGAGUAUGCGGGCUAUAUACAACGAAGGGCCGAAAGGGGUCGAUGUCGUUGUCAGUCAGGAAAUACCUGAAUCCUUGCAAGAACUUGCCAAGGAAAAGCGCACUGAGCUUAUAGAACAGCUUGCUGAGGUUGAUGAAGAAAUCGCAGAGCUUUUUUUGAACGACGAGCUCCCUUCGAAUGAUCUUCUUGCUGCAGCUAUCCGACGGAGCACUAUCGGGCUCAAGUUCUCCCCAGUUUUCUUGGGUUCUGCAAUCAAAAACACCGGCGUGCAGGCCUUGCUCGAUGGCAUUUGUUCUUACCUGCCCAAUCCAUCUGAGUUGGAAGUGCUGGCCCAUGACACCAACUUGCCCGCGGCUUCACCUUCUGUUCCUCUCCAACCGGCGGCGGCUGCACCGAUGGUUGGCCUGGCUUUCAAACUGGAAGAGGGUCGGUUUGGCCAGCUGACAUAUAUCCGGGUGUACCAAGGCACUCUGAAGAGGGCCAAUCUGAUCUACAAUGCUCGCACUGGAAAGAAAGUGAAAGUCCCUCGCCUCGACAUUGAUUCCAUCGGCCCAGGCGAAAUAUGUGCCAUCUUUGGUGUGGAAUGCUCGUCUGGCGACACCUUCACGGAUGGAUCCACCAGCUACUCGAUGACCUCGAUGUUUGUUCCUGCACCUGUUAUAUCCCUUGCUCUGAAGCCUCAAGGAAUCGAAACUCCUAACUUCUCGCGUGCGCUGAACCGGUUCCAAAAGGAGGAUCCGACAUUCCGAGUUCACAUAGAUCAAGAGAGCAAAGAGACCAUCAUUUCGGGAAUGGGAGAAUUGCAUCUGGAAAUCUACGUCGAACGGAUGCGACGAGAGUACAACGUCGAUUGCAUCACCGGCAAACCCCGUGUCGCAUUUCGGGAGACAAUCAUGAAGAAAUCCCCAUUCACUUAUGUGCACAAAAAGCAAACCGGCGGUGCUGGACAAUACGCAAAGGUCGCUGGAUAUAUUGAGCCUAUGGAGAUGGACCCCGAAACUGGUAAGGACGUUGGUUUUGAAAAUGUGAUCAUGGGAGGCACAAUUCCGUCCAACUUUAUUCCGGCCAUUGAGCGGGGUUUCUACGAGGCUCUGGAAAAGGGGACUCUGACAGGAAACCCCAUAACUGGAGUACGCUUUGUUCUGCAAGAUGGAGGCUUCCACGCUGUCGAUUCGUCCGAGCUUGCUUUCCGCAACGCGACAAUUGGCGCUUUCCGCGAAGCCUUCAAAUCUGCUCAGGCCACUCUACUGGAACCCAUCAUGAAAGUAGAGGUUGUGGCGCCCGGAGAGUUCCAAAGCAAUGUCAUUGGGGGUCUAAACACAAGGAGAGGGACCAUCAUCGACAGUGAAGUCCGCGACGACGAGUUCACGGCCGUUGCCGAUGUUGCUCUGAACGACAUGUUUGGAUACUCCAAUCAAUUGCGAGGAUCCACCCAAGGCAAAGGUGAAUUCAGUAUGGAAUACAAGACACACAUGCCAGCAUUACCCAACGUCCAAGCCGAACUCGAGGAGGCCUACAGAAAGACGUUGAUGGCUAAAAAGUAG